CUUAAAUAUGGGACCCCUUCUGAGAAAAAAUCUUCAAAAGGCAGCAAAUCUUCAGGCAGUUUUAAAAAACCAAGAUCAAGUUCUGCUAGAAGUAAAAGAAAAGGAUGCAGAUGUGGCAAUGCCACUGCAAUACCUGGGAAACUUACCUGUUGCGGUCAGAGGUGUCCUUGCUAUGUAGAAAGUAAACCUUGUGUGGAAUGUAGAUGUAGAGGUUGCAGAAACCCUCAUACAGCAGAUGGAUUAAAGAUCCGUCCACAUAUACCUGAACUUCAUAAUUUACAAUUACAACUGUCUACUUCCUUGGAUUGCGAUGCGCUAACUGGAGAUCCUCUAGGAUCCGUGCCACAAUGUCUCUCGACGUCUCCCACAACGAUACAAGUGUUAAAUGUAUAUUCUACACCGAGAUUAGAUAUUGAUAAUGUACCCCAGAACUUACCAGCUGCCUUGUUAGUGGGAGAAGAUGCUAUGGUAAGUACUGAAAGUGAGGCGGAAGACAGUGAUAUACAAAUUGAUGUGUGACAUCAUAUUUAAAUAAACAUUGUGGAGGACAGCACCAGUGAUUGUUUAGUGAACAUCUCAACGGAAAACGAUAUGCAUUAUGUAAAUAGCUCAACUAGAAUUAUUGAUAGACAAUUAUGAAAAUCAAAA